CCUGGUAUAAAGCAGAAAACCAUGUAGGUUCGGGGAGCUGCUUGGCUUCGGGAGGCGCCGAAUCGUGUCGUUUAUCUUCGCCGCGACGGCCGCUUAAAUCAAAGCACGUGAGGAAAAAAGGGGGGGAAAUACGUCGGUCGCAUUAUAAGCAGGACACCCCUAUCACUGGAGAAUCUAAUCCAUGAACUUAAAAGCAAACGUUAUUACAACAGCACGGCGUUUAAAGAAGAGGAUUUACAAAGCUAUAAAUAGCGGUAUAUUCAUACGUAUCUGUUUUAAAUAUUAAGUGGGUUUUUUUUUUGCAUACCUGGUAUGGUGUGUUCGCCCUUUUUGUAUUUUUUUCUGUAUCUUCAUCCAGCCACUCUCACCACAUUGGAAAGACGAGGCUUUGGUUUCGUCAAUGUACUUUAUUUACUAAACCACUUCUGGGAUUUAUUGCCAUUGUUAUGAUCCAUAGUUACACAUUCAUAUUUCGAUACGAGCCCGAGUAGUUCGUCCGGACAAGGUGGGCAAUUAUAAUAAAGGUGGAGCUACAGCUUUUUAAUAUUUUUUUUUUGUUUAAUCCCUUCCUACUUGCCAUCAGGUGUCUUUUGGAGAAGUCUUCGGAAGCGGAGAGCAGUAAUUCUCCAUCUGCCUGCGAGGAAAAGCUGGAGGGGGGGACUCGUUAGAGAGAAGUGUGACGGCGGAUCGCUUGGAUGUUGCAGACCUGCCCUUUCUUAGCCUUUCAUAGACUUUUUGGUUUGGGGUUUUAAACAGUCUGGUCGCCUGACUUUCAGUGACGAGAUGACGGAUGUGUGAAGGGAAAAUCGAUACCGUGUUUCCUUGACGUCCUACGCGUGAAGGUUUCGGAUGUGUGUGCUGUGCGGUGCAAGACAGAGAAAUAGUUAGUCGGAUUUAGGCACCUGGGAUACCCAGACUUUGUAGAAGAAUCAGCGCUUUAAUUUUUCUACUGUAUAUAUAUCUAUAAAUAUACACGUUUGUACAUGUAUCGGUAAAUGCGUGUGUCUGUUUUAACUUUAUGUGACUCAACUGCUGCAGUGUCAGUCAGUCAAUCAGCGUGCGGCACUGAAGAAUUGACUAUCUGAAGCUCAUGAUCGGAGCCCUGAAUCACGACAGUGCACCUCUUAUUAGGCUAUUAGCAAGGAAAUGUAAUUAAUUUAUUCUGAAAUUAAUCCAUUCCAUUUGGAGGAGUAAUUUGAGCGAUCUAAAAAUCCACGAUCUUGCUUUUUUUAUUCUUGUCUGGUGUUAAGUAUCAGCAGUGAAUUUCUGGUUUGAUUUUUUUUUUUUGUUAAUUUUUUAAUCGAUCGUCAGGAGUAUCGUGAUAUAGAGUCCAGAUUUACCGCUGAAAUGCGCACGUUUGGAAGAGCGAUGCUGUCUUUCGGACUGUUACUGGCCGUGCUGAGCGCGGUGGAGCCCCAGCCGUGCCCGGCACCGUGCUCCUGCUCCGGAACCACGGUGGAUUGUCACGGGCAAGGAUUGCGCAACGUGCCGCGGAAUAUCCCGAGGAAUACGGAGCGAUUGGAUUUGAACUCAAAUAACCUCACGAGAAUUACAAAGUCUGAUUUUGCAGGACUGAGACAUCUUAGAGUAUUGCAACUCAUGGAGAACAAGAUCAGCACUAUAGAGCGGGGAGCCUUCCAGGACCUGAUGGAACUGGAGAGAUUGCGGCUGAAUCGGAAUAACCUGCAGGUCUUUCCAGAACUGCUGUUCCUUGGGACGACGAAGCUCUACAGACUGGAUCUGAGCGAGAACCAGAUUCAAGGCGUUCCCAGGAAGGCGUUCAGGGGUGCGGUGGAAAUAAAGAACCUGCAGCUGGAUUACAACCAGAUCGGCUGCAUCGAGGAUGGAGCGUUCCGGGCUCUCCGCGACCUGGAAGUGCUCACACUUAACAACAACAACAUUACCCGCCUGUCUGUGGCCAGUUUCAACCACAUGCCCAAACUCAGGACCUUCCGCCUGCACUCCAACAACCUGAACUGCGACUGCACGGUUGCCUGGCUGUCCGACUGGCUGCGACAGCGCCCCCGUCUGGGCCUUUACACGCAGUGCAUGGGCCCCUCGCACAUGAGGGGCCACAAUGUUGCCGAGGUGCAGAAGAAGGAGUUCGUGUGCACAGGUCACCAGCUGUCCUCGUCCUGCAGCGUCCUGCAGUGUCCGGACUCCUGCAUGUGCAGCAACAACAUCGUGGACUGCAGAGGCAAGGGCCUGACGGAGAUUCCCACCAACCUGCCGGAGACCAUCACGGAAAUCCGCUUGGAGCAGAAUGCGAUCAGGGUCAUCCCGCCCGGAGCCUUCUCCCCGUACAAAAAGCUGCGACGAAUAGACCUGAGCAACAACCAGAUUUCAGAAUUGGCUCCUGACUCCUUCCAAGGCCUCCGCUCCCUCAACUCACUAGUGCUGUAUGGAAACAAAAUCACAGAACUCCCCAAAAAUCUCUUCGAGGGCCUGUUUGCUCUGCAGUUACUGCUCCUAAAUGCCAACAAGAUCAACUGCCUUCGCGUGGAUGCCUUUCAAGACCUGCACAACCUGAACCUGCUCUCUCUGUAUGACAACAAGCUACAGACCAUAGCCAAAGGAACUUUUGCCUCGCUCCGGGCUAUCCAAACACUGCACCUGGCCCAGAACCCUUUCAUCUGCGACUGCCACCUUAAGUGGCUGGCCGACUACCUCCAGGACAAUCCCAUCGAGACCAGCGGCGCGCGGUGCACCAGCCCACGCCGCCUGGCCAAUAAGAGGAUCGGCCAGAUCAAGAGCAAGAAGUUCCGCUGCUCGGCAAGAGAGCAAUAUUUCAUUCCAGGCACAGAGGACUACCGGUCCAAGCUGGGUGGCGACUGCUUCGCGGACCUGGCGUGUCCGGAAAAGUGCCGUUGUGAAGGGACCACGGUGGACUGCUCCAACCUUAAGCUGACUCGCAUCCCAGAGCACAUUCCCCAGUACACAGCCGAGCUGCGUCUCAACAACAACGAAUUCACAGUUCUGGAAGCGACUGGAAUCUUCAAGAGACUCGCACAGCUCCGCAAAAUAAACCUGAGCAACAACAAGAUCACAGACAUCGAGGAGGGAACAUUCGAAGGGGCAUCGGGGGUCAAUGAGCUAAUUCUGACGAGCAACCGACUGGAAAAUGUCCACUUCCGGAUGCUGAAAGGACUUAAUGGACUUCGAACCCUGAUGUUACGGAGCAAUCGGAUUAGCUGCGUGAGCAACAGCAGCUUCACCGGCCUCAGCUCCGUGCGACUAUUAUCCCUGUAUGACAACCAGAUCACCAGCAUGACCCCAGGAGCCUUCGACACUCUCCACUCUCUGUCCACGCUGAACCUGCUGGCCAACCCCUUCAACUGCAACUGUCACCUUGCCUGGCUCGGGGACUGGCUGAGGAAGAAGAGGAUCGUCACGGGUAACCCCCGCUGUCAGAGCCCCUACUUCCUCAAGGAGAUUCCCAUUCAAGACGUGGCCAUUCAAGACUUCGCCUGUGAUGAUGGCAACGAUGACAACAGCUGUUCCCCCCUGGCCCGCUGCCCUUCUGAGUGUACCUGUUUGGACACAGUUGUCCGCUGCAGCAAUAAAGGUCUGAAGACUCUCCCGAAGGGUAUCCCCAAGGAGGUGACAGAACUAUAUCUGGAUGGGAACCAGUUCACCCAGGUUCCAAAGGAGCUGUCAAAUUACAAACAUUUAACACUCAUUGAUUUAAGUAACAACCAGAUCAGCACGUUGUCCACCGAGAGCUUCAGUAAUAUGUCUGAGCUGCUUACGCUAAUCUUAAGCUACAACCGGCUGAGAUGCAUACCUGCGAAAGCCUUCGAUGGCUUGAAGUCGCUUCGUCUUCUGUCUCUUCACGGCAAUGACAUUGCGGUGAUCCCAGAGGGGGCUUUUCAAGACCUGUCCUCGUUGUCACAUCUUGCCCUCGGUGCCAAUCCGCUGUACUGUGACUGUAACAUGCAGUGGCUCUCGGAGUGGGUCAAGUCUGGGUACAAGGAGCCUGGUAUCGCCCGCUGUGCCGGCCCCAGGGACAUGACAGACAAGCUGCUGCUCACCACACCUUCGAAGAAGUUCACCUGCCAAGGACCCGUCGACGUCAACAUCCUGGCCAAGUGCGACCCGUGCCUGUCGAACCCCUGCAAGAAUGACGGCACAUGCCACAACGACCCAGUGGAUUUUUACAGGUGCACGUGCCCGUAUGGAUUUAAGGGUCAGGACUGUGACGUGCCAAUUCACGCGUGCAUCACCAACCCUUGUAAGAAUGGCGGGACGUGUCAUCUGAAGGAGGGAGAGGUGAACAACUUUUGGUGUGUGUGCGCUGACGGGUUCGAGGGUGAGGCCUGCGAGACAAACAUCGACGACUGCGAGGACAACGACUGCGAAAAUAACUCCACCUGUAUAGACGGCAUUAACAAUUACACCUGCCUCUGCGUCCCUGAAUAUACAGGUGAGCUGUGCGAGGAGAAUCUGGAUUUCUGUGCCCCGGAGCUAAACCUCUGUCAGCACGAUGCCAAGUGCCUCCUGACUCCUACUGGGUACAAGUGUGAGUGCACCCCAGGUUACGUGGGCGAGCAGUGCAGCAUCGAUUUCGACGACUGCCAGGAGAAUAAGUGUAAAAAUGGAGCUCAGUGCAUCGAUGCGGUGAAUGGCUACACCUGCGUGUGUCUUGAUGGUUACAGCGGCUUGUUCUGCGAGUUCUCUCCACCGAUGGUGCUGCCGCGCACGAGUCAGUGCGAUAACCACGAGUGCCGCAACGGGGCCCAGUGCUUCAUCAAAGGCAGUGACCCCACGUGCCAGUGCCUGCAAGGCUACCAAGGGGAGAGAUGCGAGAAGCUCGUCAGCGUCAACUUUGUGGAGCAUGAAUCGUUCCUACAGAUCCCUUCCACCCUCAUCAACUCCCAGGCCAACAUCUCGCUGCAGAUCGCCACCGACAAAGACAAUGGGAUCCUACUGUACAAAGGCGACAGUGACCACAUCGCCGUGGAGCUCUACAGGGGGCGUUUGCGAGUCAGCUACGACACCGGCACCUAUCCGCCGUCAGCCAUUUACAGUGUGGAGACCAUCAAUGACGGCAGCUUCCACAUGGUGGAGCUGGUGGUCUUCGAGCAGACCCUCUCCCUGUCCAUCGACGGAGGCAGCCCCAAGUCCAUCAGCACCCUCUCCAAGCAGUCCACGCUCAGCAUAGACUCACCGCUCUACGUAGGGGGGAUGCCCGUGACAGCGAACGUGGCGGCGCUGCACCAGGGGCCCCAGCAGAACAGCUCCAGCUUCCAGGGCUGCAUCCGCAACCUGUACAUCGACAGCGAGCUGCAGGACCUGGCGCAGUUCCAGCUGCAGGACGGCAUUCUGCCCGGCUGCGAGCCGUGCCAGAAGCCGCCGUGCCUCCGCGGUACCUGCCACGCCACGGGCCGCUCCAGCUUCACCUGCGAGUGCGAGACCGGCUGGACGGGGGCGCUGUGCGACCAACAGACCAACGACCCCUGCCAGGGCAACAAGUGCACCCACGGCACAUGCCUGCCCAUCAAUGCCUUCUCCUACAGCUGCAAGUGUCAGCCCGGCUACAGCGGCGUGCUGUGCGAUGAGGAGGAGGAGGUUUUCAACCCAUGCCAGUCUAUUAAAUGCAAGCAUGGGAAGUGCAGGCUGUCGGGCCUGGGAAAAGCCUACUGCGAGUGUAAUAGCGGAUAUACGGGAGAGGGCUGUGACAGAGAAAUCGCUUGUCGAGGAGAACGGAUCCGAGAUAACUAUCAGAAGCAGCAGGGGUACGCCGCGUGCCAAACGACCGAGAAGGUCUCGCGGCUAGAGUGUCGCGGCGGCUGUGCGGGCGGCCAGUGCUGCGGAGCACUGCGCAGCAAGCGGCGGAAAUACACCUUUGAGUGCACCGACGGCUCGUCCUUUGUGGAGGAGGUAGAGAAGGUGGUGAAAUGCGGCUGUACAAAGUGUCUCUCAUAAAUGUUCCCUCCUUUUUUUGUAACAUGUCGCCUUUUUUUAAGGAAAACAACAGCAAAAAAGAAAAAAAAAUUAAAAAUCACACCUUUUGGCAGUGCUGGACUAAUUAAUGCUUCCAUAGUGGAAAUAUUGAAAUAUAUUGUAAAAUAAAGAACAGACUUAUUUUUUAUUAUGAAUGGGGGAGAGAAACGAAGACGAAAACAUAGAUGGCUAUUUCUUCAUUUGCCGCCUGCCCAGGAUGCGCAACGUUCGUUUCGUUCCCAGGAAGAACUGGCGGUUUUCUUUGUCGCAAGUGAGGAAACAGAAUACAACCCUUAGCAGGUCACUGUUUGUCUGUUUUUUAUUUUAUUUUUAAUACAGUUUUUUUUUUUUUUUUUUUUUUUUAACGUUAGACAUUACGUGUCUUUCGGAGUAAAAUGCGUGUGGAAGUGAGGAGUUUUGGAGGGAAGAACGAAAGUUACCGAUCCUGCAGUAGCAAGCAACACCUGCACGUAGGAGAUACGUAGGGAAGAAAAAAAGGGAAUUUAAAAAAAAAAAAAUCCGAAAUGCGUCGUGCUCUCUGUGACAUUACCACGAAGUCUUCUCCACGUUGCAUUGUGACACCGGCCUAACCGCAUCCCAAAGGAAGGCUACGCACAGGCAAAUCGACUUACAUAUCUCACCUUUAGACUCAUCUACUGAAGGCGAUAAACUUGCAAAUCCAAGAUGAGGUCCGUGUGCAUGUCAAGUGCAUCAUGAACCCUACCUGCACAAAUCCAACACAUGUACGAUAGCAAAAAAAAAUAAAAUAAUAUUUAGUGAACCUUGUUUCCAGUAUUAAUGCAUUGUAAUUUAAAUGUUAUGGGGAGGAGGAUGUAAGAAAUAUAGUUUAAUGAUAUAUGAUUAGCAAUUUGGUUAAACGAUAUGUCUUGUCUUUUUUUUUUUAAUCAUGCCUCUGACUGUUGGCGCAGUACUCACAAUGUCACUGACUAGUAUUUAUUGUAUCUAAAAUAUCUUUGCUUAUUUGGUAGUUCAUCCCCUUAUAUAAUACAGUCUUUUAAUAUAUAUUAAUUUAUAUUUGUCCUGAUAUUUUUGUAUUAAAAAGACAGUCGAUCUGUGGGAUAGAACUAACACGGUUGUCCUAUUUGGUUAAUUUUCUUAGUUUUUUUUUUUGUUUGGUUUGGUUUGGUUUUCCUUUGACCACUGAGACUGUUGUAUUUUCCAGAAACCUUAGUUACAUUUUAAUCUUAAAAUGUGAAGUGAAACAAAGCAUUGUAUAUUUUUGUCAAAUCUCCUGAGAAUUUGUACUGUGCCAGAAAUAAAAGUCUUUAUAUUAGAGUAUACAUGUAGAAAGUUACUUUUUCCCAAUGUAUUUUACAGAGAUUACAUGGUGUUUAGAAAAGUUCCCUAGGAAGACUAGACCUUUUACAAAAUCCUUACCUUUUUAACACAUUUAUGCUAAGAAAAACUGUGACUUUUUCUAAAUAAAACUACUUUGUUAUCCCUGUUUAUCCAUGUUUUCAAUGUUAACAUGUUGCUGCUAAAUUUGUAAUGUAGACUUUGGAUGAUGAUUAUGUAUUCUAGUGGACCGUGCUCCUCCUCCAUAAAAACGAGCACACUGUAUAACAACCAAGGUUCUCCUCCUAUGUACGUUGUGCUUCAUCUUACCUGGACUAAUAUCAGUAUCGUCACUGAUGUUUGCAUAUUAAACACAAUAUUUACUUCGGUGCUGUUA